CCGGCCACCCGUGCGAGUGUAUCGUUUCUCGGGGUAACUGAAGGGAGUUCCACUCUCAGGCUCUCUUUCACCUGUCUCUCGUGAUCUUUCUUUCUUUCGGCAUUUGCUUGGCUCUUUUCGCAGAGAAUCGACGCCGAGCAGACACGGUCGUUUUCGUUUCGCGCUUAAGGAAUCCGUGACGAGAUUUUGAGCGAUUUGCGCGAGGGUGGUUUGCAAAAAAAUUCGCGACUGAGAGACACCUGUGCGAUCUCGAGUCGUGUCGAGUUUUUCCGCGUGUUGAUCCGAGUGAGACAACGAGAUUAAUCGAGUACGUGUGCUGAAUGAUAACCGCGACGUUUAUCGGCCUCUUUUACGUUCAAUCAUCAUCGAACAGCAGCGGUUGCAUUUGGGAACCAGUUCCGGAAGAAAUAACGACGAUGUCGUCGGGCACGACGACGCGACAGCAACGAUAAGCGACGAGGAAUCAGGAUUCUGCAUGCGAGUGCCCAGGGCGGAAGUGUUCGGGCUCCUCGGUGGGGCGCUGACCUCCGACGACAUCGUUAGGAAGGACUCGCCUUACCCUACGACGACGCACGCAGGGCAACUGCAUUCGCCGAACGGCGAAAGCGACAACAGCAACGGUAGCCAGCGUGCGGUUGCUGUUACUCGCAGUGACGUAGAGCAACAGCAACAACCGCAUCGCCAACGACACCAGCAGCAGCAGCAGCAGCAGCAGCAACAACGUCAAGCGACCGCUACCGUUCCGGUUCUCGCCUGUACCAAUCAGUCGUCUAUCACUACAACCACGACUGCCUUCACGGUGGCAUCAAGCAUGCUUCUUUUGCAGACACAGAGUCCUUUCGGAUGUAGCAGUUUCGCAGAUUUGCUGAGCGCUCCUUACACGGAUCCUGUUGAUGCCGGAAGCUUGCCGGAGGAACUGGAUCCGUUUCCUGAAUUGCAGCUGGGGAAUCCGCAAGGAGUACCUUCGGUUGACGAUUCCGCUCAGUCUCAGCAAAGUUUACACCAUCAGCAACCAUCGCAUCAGCAACCGCCACCACCACCUCCACCCCUUCCCGAAGACAUCCAAGCUGAUUCUCUUAGUCCAACACCCUUGCCAAGCUUCCAGGAGACCUACACGGUACAGCGAUACACUAGACAGGAGCUCCAGGGUCUCGGCCUGAAAAUGGACGACGAUUGUUACGAUAAUUCAGUAUAUUCCUGCACCAGUCAUUAUCCGACCGAUUUCCCGGCCGCGGUAUCUUAUGAACAUCAGCAGCAGCAGCAGCAACCGCAACAGCAGCACCCGCAUCACCAUCCGCAACAGCAUCAUCAGCAGCAGCAACAAGCUCCGCAUCCUCAUCAGAGUUACUUUGCGGAAACAGCGCCCACUCCGACAACAGCGGUCGCACCGAAUCAUCGGCAAGAUCCAUCCUAUGGGGUGGCUGUCACUAUGCCCAUGGUUUACGGUGCACCGUCAGCUCUCGCUAAUGUUGCCACUCCCUCUGUAGUUCCUACUGAUCUCUGCCCCACCGUCGACACCAACGUCGUCGUUGGCACUACUCGGUCCCGAAGAGCGUCGCUGCCUAUUCAGAGAUCAGAGUCAGCGAGUAGUGGGAGCACCGAAUCCCCGAAGCCGCGCGGCAGCGGUGGCACCACGAGUUCCACCGUCAGUUCGCCAUCGCCCGGAAGCGGCACAAGUGGCGAACGCGCGCCCCCGAGCCCAAGCCAGCUUUGCGCCGUGUGCGGCGACACCGCGGCCUGUCAGCAUUAUGGCGUGCGUACCUGCGAGGGUUGCAAGGGCUUUUUCAAAAGGACCGUGCAGAAGGGUUCCAAGUACGUGUGCUUGGCCGAGAAGGCUUGCCCGGUGGACAAACGUCGGCGAAACCGGUGUCAGUUCUGCCGGUUCCAAAAGUGCCUGAUGGUUGGCAUGGUCAAGGAGGUUGUCAGGACUGAUUCUCUCAAAGGUCGGCGAGGCAGAUUGCCUUCGAAGCCCAAAUCACCGCAGGAAUCCCCACCAAGCCCGCCAGUUUCUCUGAUUACCGCUUUGGUACGCGCUCAUUUGGACACAACACCUGACAAAGCGAGCCUGGAUUACUCGCAAUAUCGACAACCGAGACCGGGCGACCCUCCGAUAACCGAGGCCGAGAAAAUCCAACAAUUUUACAAUUUGUUGACGACCUCGAUUGACGUUAUUCGCAACUUUGCUGAAAAAAUUCCCGGUUUCACAGAUCUAGCGCGAGAAGAUCAGGAACUUCUCUUCCAAUCGGCCAGCCUGGAACUGUUUGUGCUCAGGUUGGCGUAUCGCACACAUCCGGACGACACGAAGCUUGUGUUCUGCAACGGAGUUGUUCUCGCGUUGGAACAGUGUCAGCGCAGCUUCGGCGACUGGUUGCACAGCAUACUCGAAUUUUGCAAAACUCUUCAUUACUUGGAGGUCGACAUCAGCGCCUUCGCCUGCCUGUGCGCUCUCACUCUUGUCACCGAGAGGUAUGGAUUGAAAGAGCCGCAACGCAUGGAAGCGUUACAGAUGAAGAUCGUCUCGUCCCUGCGCGAUCACGUGACCUACAACGCCGAGGCGCAGAGAAAGUCACAGUACCUGUCAUAUCUGCUGGGAAAAAUACCGGAGCUUAGGAGUCUCUCGGUCCAGGGCCUCCAGCGGAUCUUCUACCUUAAGCUGGAGGACCUGGUGCCGGCGCCACCCAUGAUCGAGACAAUGUUCGUCGGCAGUCUGCCCUUCUAAGACGAGCCGAGCAGCCUAGAGCUCGCCAGCAUCUAGAUUACUCUCUCAGACCCGUGCGGUUGCGUUAUCUUCUGAUUGCAUCCUUCUUAGUUCGUAUUACACGUAGCUUUACUCUCUUCUUGCGUGUCUCGCACGCGCGGUCUCGCGGGUACUCGAUCAAGCUCUUGACAAACAUCCCCGGUGACGUUUUCUCGCACCGUUCAAAGGCCCGUUGAAGAGGAAGAGCAAAGAGAGCGUUAUCGGCCGAUUACGAACGAGCGCGGACACUUGUCCGCUCGAAUUCGAAGGGCGCGAACGCUAACCUUACGGGAAAGUUUACUGUACGUACGUUAAGAAUGAAUGAGAGAACACGAGAGAGAAAAAGAGAGAGAGAGAGAGAGAGAGAGAGAGAGAGAGAGAGAGAGAGACGAAUGUAUGUAUGUACGUAUCACGUGUGUGAAUGCGAGUGUACAGAAAAUAUCUGAAAGAAAUGCAGAUCUCUGCAUGCGCGAUGUGUAUCGGGUGGCGGGUGUUCCAAACGUCUUGCCAUCUGUUAGCAGUAAGUGCAUUACUGUUGCCGCUGCAACUUGGUGGUGAGCAGCGAGUCGGGAAACGAGAUGCGAGGGUAGACCCGCGCCGGUUUCGCUAUCUUCUCAUUUAACUGUUAGCGGAUUUCGUGCGGACUCGGAUGGACGGGAGAGGGUUCUUCUCUCUCUCUCUCUCCUCUCUCUCAUUCUGUCUGUCUCUCUCUCUCUCUCUCUCUCUCUCUCUCUCUCUCUCUCUCCCUCGCGGGACAGGUCUCCGCGCGAAGGACGCAAAUGUUUCUCACUUUUCUACCUGAUUUGUACGAAGGACGAGGCUGUCUGUGCUCGCACCCGACUCGUCGAUCUCUCUUUCUUUCUAUCACGGCUCGCACGCGACCCGCCACUUCUCGAGCACGCGCAAUAUAUUCUUCGGCAAUAUCUUAUCUGUCGCGGGAAAAAAAAAAAAAACAAACAAACAAACGGCGAUUCGCAACAUAUCAGAACAGCCGGCGGGAAGAACAAACUCGCGCCUUCCCGCCUUCUUGACAGUUUAGACGUAGGAUGUCGGUCGCGCUCUCGACGGCAGGACGAUGCCGAGUGCAGAUGCAUCGCAAAUUUAAUAAACGUUCAAAUCACGAAUUCGAACGUUCAAAUGCACACGGAAACAGAUCGACGCACUUCUGUGGUGUAGCUGAGUACGCGUUUUAAUUUUUUUUUACGCCUUACUUUGCUCUACGUUGUGACUGUAUCUAUUUGUCCUGAUGCGCUUUGUUGAGUUCUCGAGACAGAAGUCAUGUGAUUGAAUAAUUGAACAAAAAAAAAAAAAAAAAAAAACGAAAAAAAAAAACUCGCUGACGGUAACUGAAGUACAAGCGAAAAAAUCCUAUACGAGCGUUUAACGUGCGUUUAAAAAGUGCGGUUUGGAAUACGUGUGUCCCUAGAGUAAAAUAAUGGAAAAAGUGGGAGUGGCACUAUCACACACACUUCAUAAGUUUUAACCGUAAAGUGUUAGGAGAGAGAGAGUUGAGAAUUACUCUUGCUAGGAAUAGUUUCAAUCGUAGUAUUUUUAUAAGCACUUUUUACACAUUUUCAGCAAGUAUAUAAUUCAGACUAUUAAUUAUACUAAACUAUAUUGCAUACGUAUUUAAAUAUUUAGACAUUUUUACAAACAUUUUAUAUAUCUAGGCACAUCCAAAAAAGUAAACUUGAAACUACACACAGCUUCGCUAUAUAAGUUCUCAACUGGUAGAGAAAAAAAAAAAAAAAGAAAAAAAACUCGAUUCUCCGUAUAUUUUCGAUAUCGGGAACAGAGAGUAUAGCGCCUAUACAUAAAAAUGGAUUUCAGUUCACAACUGACUCGAUUUUAUCAUGUUCUCAUCGUGAAACUGCUUUUACAUAAGAUUCGUAGGGAUAAUUUCCCGGAGCACUCGCAAAAUAGAUUCGGCAUCGUCGGCGCCAUCGAAGCGUCGUCCAAAGGCGCGUACGGUCGAUAUAUCGUGAUCGACCCCUUUACCACUACUCUUGCGUUUAUGUGAUUUUAGAGAGCUAAGGCGUACAAUCACGGGCCCGCCUCGUUCGAGAGGGCGAGAGGAGAGAAAAGAAAGAAAGAAAAAAAAAAAAAGAAUUCCAUCCGCUUACGACGGCGAGGCGGGCCCGGCUUAAAGUUACCUAUUACGUUUUAUGACAUUUACUUUUAAUCAAACUAACGUAGAGUGUCCUAUUUAUAUACGUAUAUAAAAGAGAGAACGCGCCGCUGCUACUACUAUUCUUAACUAUACAACUACUACUUUAUUAUACCGUUAUACUUACAACUACUCAUUGAUAGCGUUACUAUUAUAUGGCGUUACUACCACUAUUACUACCACACUGUUACCAGCGCUACAUUUACUACCACCUUGUGUUACCAUUGUCUCGCUACAGUAAGCUUCGCCGUCGUCGUCGUCGUCGUCGUCGUCGUCGUCGUCGUCGUCGUCGUCGUCAUUGUUAAAGCGCCCUUCAUCGCACCAGUGCUCUUCGACCGACGCGAGAGACGACAGGGGAUGCCGAUCAAGUCUCUUCAAGCAGAUGUCCUAGCCAAGAUUACCGCAGUCGACACGCAUCUCCGUUUUUUAAUCUGUAUAUUGAUAUUUUUGUUCACGUGCCGUAAACUAAAGUAAGAUUGCAGGAAUAACUUUGCGGCGAGAAAAAGUCUUUAUGAGUUUUAAUAAUGUACAUACGUAUUAUACGCAUUUUGAAAUUUUCUUUAAAUUUUAUCUAGACGGAUGUAGAUAAACUGAGAGAGAUAAACGUUCAAGAUAAGAAGAAGAAUCUGUAUAAUAUUCAGAUUCAAACUUUCACAGUUACUUCAGUUUGUAUUCUCUUCAGACUUUAUUGGCCAUUGUGAGAUUUGCUAUUGUCUCGGCAAGGUUACUCCUGUCUCUUGUAAUCUUACGAUAUAUAACUACCGUAGCUAUUGAUGCAACGCGAUCCGAGUUCCGUCACACGACUGAUCAGGCAGCAUUCUCACACCGUGAUCCACACACAACACACACACACACAAACACACAGACACAAUGCCUCGCUGAUUACCUGUACGUGCACAAUAGAUUAUGAUAAUUAAUUAUGUGUGUACAUGUUAAUCUAAAAAACGUGUGUAUCCGCAAAUGUUCGACGCUUCGCGACGAAAACGAAAAAGAAAAUUGCUCGGAUCGAUUUCGUCUACUACUAUUAGCUCUCUAUAAUUGUGUGUGUGAUUCUUCAAAAUAACUUUUCUUCUAUCUUUUCAAAUUAGCGAACGUUCUCGUGUGAUAUUCCCGAGACGCGAUCUCGUGACACGACGUAGUACACGGAAGAAGUUCGGAAAUAUAAUCGCGUUUAUUCCCGUCGCUGGAAAUGGAAAAAAGUCACGCGUUUCACGGUUUUUUAUCUUCAUGUGCAAUUAUUCCGAUUCCCUUCCGAAAACUUUUGCGAUAUAUCUCAGGCAUUUUUUCUCAAUUCUAGCUAAUAACUUACAAAUUAAUGCUUUGCGGCCUGAAAAAAAAAAAAGAUUAUUGUCAGACGUCAUAUUUUAUGUCGAGAUGUAAAUCCGUAAGGAGAUCAGAUAUAAAUAGUCUGGAAAUUAGAGAGAAGAAAAAUAUUUUCGAGCAUCCCUGAAAAAUGUUGUACCUGUUAAAAAAAAAAACGACUUUAGCCGUAAAGGAUUAAAUGAUAAUUGUAAUAUUGCUCUCUGCGUGUUAAAACUUGUUAGGAACAGUUUUUAAUUAGAAAAAUCUGAAGCUCUCGUCAUGAUCAAUUUGAACAACACGAGGAAAUAAUAGAAUUCAAUGGAGCGUACAAAUUAUUAUAAAACUUGUUAAAAAAAAAAAAAAUGUUAUUCCAAACUGUUUACAGCAAUACAUUCUUGUGCAAAUUAAAUACAAUAUGUCUUACUACUUAUCGCACACGGCGUAAUUUACUGCGGAGUGCCGAUAUCGGCUCUUAUGUCGUACGUGACAACGUGUCAAUGGCUUAAUUAGUCGACUCAGUAUUGUACAAUUACUCUUUCGACAAAGGUGUUCACCGAUUCCGUUUCCAGCGCAUAAAAAAUUCAAUUAUCCUCGUGAAAAAAUACGAAACAAGUACAAGUUAAAAAAAUGCGCCAAACAAUUUAUCUCGAAUGACCAUUUGCGACGUUUUUACGAAAACGACGUUUUUCUCCGUGUACCAGGUGAUUAAUAAGCUUUAUAAACACGUCCACGUUUGCGGAUGGAUACGAAUGCAAGUGUUCAAAAGUGACAUAAUGCCCGGUGAGAUUGCAAGGUAAACAAGAUCCGAGGGUGCAACAGAUUUUUUUAAGCGACCCUUGCGAUCGAAAUUAGGAUAAUACGAACGAGAGCGUCGAUUGUUCCUUCAUUCUUGCAUUUCGAGGAUCGUGCGACGGGCACAUUUUUCGAAAAAAAAAAUGUUCGUUUUCGCUAAAAAAAAAACCAUCCAAUUCGCGCCGCGAAGUUUUGAUAGCAAUAAGAUAAGAAAAUACAUCAGACUGGUGCCAAUGUCUUGCCAGAAUAUUUUGUAACGCAAAAACGAUACAAGGUUUUUAUGCACGUUUGUGAACGGUUACAAACAAACAAACAAACAAAACACACAUUUAGACAUGUAAAAUCUUGCCUCUUGAAAAAUUUCUAAACGUGGAUAUCAGCGGUACUUUUUGAAGGACAAAUAUAUAUAUAUAUAUAUAGACAUAUAUUUCAAUAAGACAUAUAUUUCUACAUACAGAUCUCUAGAAACAAUGCUAAACGUUGAGCUUGAAAAAAGUAAUAUAAUGUCGGUGAUUAAUAUAAACAGUUUCGUCCGUCCAUUGUGAAGAAUAUGUAUUUGAUAAUGGACUAGCGAAUUGUGAGAAAAUUCCGAGAGAUACAGAAAUGGUGGCCGAUUAGAAAAAUCAUUGAGGAUGACCUGGCACCUAUCUGCGACAAUAUAACAAAACUAAAAAAAAAAAAAAUCAUGCGAUAAUCAUUUUUAUACGUGUAAGAAACGUUUCGAUCGGCGCGAUUGGAAAAAAAAAAACCCUGAGAAUGAACGUGAGAGAGAGAUUCGCCUUAACUUUUCGUCAUAUCAGUUCUCGUCUCUUAACGGGAUCCUCGGGCGCGGAAAUCGACGUUCUCGCUCGUGCGAACAAAGUGUUAAGUCCAGAGAAGAUUUUGGGAGAGAGGAGUUAUCUUGAUCGGAUGAAGAUCGAGAGAUCAGAGAGAAUUUCGCGGAGGGCUCGAUUAGAACGAGAAAAUCCCGAGAAGAGUUUCGACCUCCGGCAAGCGGGAGGUGCGGGGGAAGGGGCGUACUUUUGUUCCUAUACAUAUAUUUUUUUUGUUUUCUUAACGAGAGUCCGCGCGAAUAAUAAAGUAGAUGGCUGAUGUCUUCCGCUCCUGUGAGCGCGGAAAAAUCCUCCCUGGACCCAGCGCUGCGGCGAACUAUUUUUUAUGAGAAAAAAAAAACUUAUAAGAAAACACGCGAGAGAGGAGAAAACGCGAGAAGGACGAAGAGGAGGAGUGGCAGGGCAAGAUCGGAUUGUUCGGGCGUGAAGAAAAAAAGAAAAAAAUACUGAAAUUGCAAUAUGAAAUGAACGAGAUCAACGUCCCGACAUUGUUGUCUAAAACCGAUUAUUUGUCAUUGCUGUAACGACAUAACAGUCAGUUCCGUUAGGUGUAUAAAUCUCUUCCCUCUCUAUUCCCUCUCUUUUCUUCAUUUCAUCGAUGUAUGCAAUAAAUGUUCGAUCAACAAAUUAUUUAAAUCUCUCUUCGAAAUUUUGUUGUAAAUAAAUUAUUUCUUCGAUCGCAAAUGAAUUUAUUCGAAGGCAUAUUAUUUUAUUUCUGGCGGAUGUUAAACAGCGGAUGUUCGUGUGUACAGGGUGUUUCGCCGACAAAACUGUGAAGAAAUUGGUUCUUCGUCAAAAGAUGAUGGAAAGGUAAUUGCGAUGUUAAAAAAAAAAAAAAAAACACAUGUCACAACGCACCGCAUAAACUUUCUACGUUCUUCUAUGAAUUUCCUACGUAAGAGUUUAUAUGUAUAGAGUUUCUGAUAGUGUGUGCUUCUUUUUCACGCACGUUGUUAAACUCUCUAUCAUAUUAUGAGGAAGAACUAAUCUUCUAUUCCUUGAAAUCUUUAAAUAAAUUAUUAAGACUAAAUUUUUAAUCUUUGCAUUUCACAUAAA